GAUGGAUACUUUGGUCACAGAUGUCAUUCUACCAUUUUUAAAACGUCAUGCAAAACGUGCUCACCGAGAAGUUACAUUCUACCUAACACCAAACAUUGUGACACCGCAAAACAUUACUUCUGAGCUCGAACAUUUAUCCGAUCCUCACGAAUGGAUCUAUCUGCCAUCUUCAGAAGAAUCAUUCAAAUUUAAAAAGGUCGAUGCGGAUUCCGAGGUUGAUGACCUUCCUGAUAUUAAAUUUUUAUUACAAAGGGGUACACUCGAAAGAUUAGAAGAUUUUAUUGUCACAAAGUCGAGCGUAAAGAGAGUUGAAGCUAGAAAACUUGAUGUUAGUUUUAGGACUGAGAACGAGUUUGGAUUGUUGUUUACGAAAACCAUGGGAAUCGUUGAAAUUCAC